AUUGAGGGAAAUUGUAAACGCCGAAGUUCAAAACUUCCAGAUGAUAUCAUCAUGCGAGGUCAGGUAGUUUUGGACGAAGUGUCUGGUGAUAUCUGGCCAGAUACUUUUAACUUGCAGUCCCUCAAGUCGGCAACAAAAUUAUCAUGUUUGUUAGAGGUUAUUGGCACUGGGGGAAUACAGCCUUCAGCCCUGAGCAGCAACUCUAAAUUCCUGGCCGUGGUCACCCAAGGGGAGGAUGGCUCAAACAGACUCUUCAUUAUUCAUCUUGAAGAGAAAAGGUUUUACUUACUGAAGAGGAUGGCAAAACCUUGCACUGCCUUGAUAUUUCAUCCAUAUAUGGAAAACAUGCUUUUUCUUGCUACUGCUGCAACUAAGAUUUAUAGAAUUAAUGCUGAUGACGGCAGUGUGGUGAUCAUGGAGGGACACACAUCACCUGUAAAGGGAAUUCACUCAGGUUCUCGGUCGCCACUUGUGCUUAGCUACAACACUGACGAGGUCUUCUUGUGGUCGUGGCCAUCCCUCACCCUUACCAACAAGCUGCGGCUGGAAGACAGGGUGGCUGUGGUCUGGGCAGGACACGUUUGGCAGCGGGAUGAGCUGGUCGUGUGCUUCAUUAAUGGCAGCCUGCUUCUCUGGCCUAGCCAAGACCUCUCUACACAGAGAACCAUUGAACCUCCAAGUGGACUUGAUUUUGAUUUUACUGCCUUUGCGCUCUCAAGUGGGGGGGAGUGGCUUGUUGGAGGGGGGAAGAGCCACCUGAUGGUGACCUACUCCCUGGUGGGCCGUCGGGUCUCGCAGGUCGUGCAGCUGCCCUCCUCAUGCAACAGUGUCUACCAGGCCAUCUUCCUGCCGCCAGUGCAUCCCAGGUUUUGUCAAGUGUUGGCCAUUUUAAACACAACAGGAGUGCUUAACAUCAUUGACUUCACAAGCAUGACAAAGCUCAAGACAGUUCGAUCUCAGAGGUUCAAUAUUGAUUCAGUCAGUGUGAGUGAAGACGGCAACUUCUUGGCAGUGUCGUAUGCCAACAGCAUCACAAAGAUGUACCCAGUCAGUGCCCUCUUUCCUGACGAUCCUAAGAAUGCUGAACUCCGCAACAUUAAGAAGAGGGACGUUGAGUUCAAGAUCAUCGAAAAGAUGGAAGUGCCUGAGAGGAAGGAGGAAGAGGGAGAGAAAGAUAGGAAGAAACAGGAAAAACACAAGGAGUUAAAGGAACUACUAGACAGGAAUAAAUGGUAUCCUAUCCUUGCGGAAUUCAAAUCAUACCCUGAAAAGUACCGAAGCCUAAUCUGGGUGUCCAUGCUAGAGUUACCACGCAACUACCUUGUGUUCAGCACGCUGCUCGACAAGGGGAUGCACUCAGCCUUCGAAGGGUUAAAGGAGGUGCUCAAGCUAUCCGACGGAUCGUUACUGAAGACUCUUCAGGGCACACUGUCCUGCUUGGCUCACUGGGCUCCUUUCCUGUCGAGCGUAGAGUACUUGCCGGAGCUCAUCUUCCCCUUCGUCAAGUUCUUCCAUAGCAACCGGCUGCUGUGUUUUGAGGUUUCUGUGACAUUCAUCUUGAACUGGUGUCGCUUAUGGUUUGAAUUUUGGCCUAAACCAAGUGUCACUGUCUUGACUGUGAUUGAACGAUUGAUCUGCGAGAAAGACCCAGUCUUACUUGCACACUUAAUGAAACUUCAAGUCACAGCUGAAGAUUACGCCUGGUCAUUACUUACAAAUGCCUUCUCUCGGGUUCUUUCCAAUGAAGACUGGUUAGUACUUUGGGACCACAUUCUCUCCAACCCGCCUUCAUUCCUGCCCUGUGUCGCAGCGGCAUUUACAAUCAAAUCACGCCACACUCUAAUGACCUGUGAGGAUGCCCAGGAUGUGAAGAACUAUUACAGCCAAGAAGCCUGGAUUUCAGUUAAGCACAUCAUCGAUAAAGCGUACUUCAUAUACCAGAACUGUAGUCCUGAGACCCUUCCCAAGGAACUCUUUGGAGAACUUAAGCCAAUGCCCAAAGGAGGCCUGCCCAUCUUCAACAUUGGGCCAAGGGAUGCUCGCGAAGAAGAGAGAGGUAAGGUAGAGAGGAAACUGCGCAAUUUAAGCCUGAGGACAGAGGCCCUGAAGCGUAAUCAGAGUAAAGCUACUGAGGAUACAUCACGUCUGGCUGAAAAAGAGGAAAUGGUAUAUACAAUUGGAAGGAAAGACCUCGAAAAGCAAGAGGAGGAGUGUCUCAACAGCAUUCUCAACUUGCGGAAAAGGCAUCUUGCAACAGCAGAACUCGAUGCAUCUUAGGCCUGUGUUGCAUUAGAUUAGUGGUAGCCUCCUGAAGUGAGAUUUGACCUGUGAUUCACAAUUAGGGGAAUUUUAUGGUCUUGUGUGUAUGUGUGAUGUAUACUAGGAUUAGUUUUUAAAUAACGUGUAUAUAAACUCUAUGUACAUAUGUAUAAUGUUUUACAUCAAGGAUAUGGUUUAAUGUGCAAUUCACAAAUAUGUUGUGUAAGUUUCUACACGAGUCAUAAAGAAAAAUGAGACAUGUAUCUUGAUGUAAAUAUUUUGCUAUUACAAUAGAUUUCAGUUUUUAUAUUUAGCUUCAGAAUAGAUUCCAGAAGUAUUAAAUGUUAAUCCAUUUAUAUUGCAAUAUAUAUUUCAGUUCCUGUGAAAUAUUUUGUUUUAAAUAAAUAGCUGCACAAAGCCCUUCUCUCUUUUUUCAGAUCUAUUCUUCCUUGGAAAUAGAUUUACUCUUAAGAUUCAUAAGAGGUAUUAAAAAUUCUUCCAGAAAUUCAAAAUGGAAAUAAUUGACAAGAUUACUAUUUUAAUAAACCCUGUUAUUGGUGCACUCUUUUAGUUUGUUUUUUUAGUAGGUUACAUGCCUUAAAAUUGUCACUCAUGACAAGCAUAUUUGUGCAGUGUACUGUGGCCACUGUACAUCUUUCUCUACAAAGACUAUAAAACAAAACCAUAGGUAUUUAGAACAUGCCCAAGCAAUGGAUAGUAGAAGUCAGCACAUUACUGGAGAGGAAGAAUAAAACGCAUGAUUUCGUGUAAUAACCCUUUCUAUUUUUAAGAGCAAAUACAGAGACUUAAUAUGAAACAGAGAAAUUAUAUAAACUGCCAGUUCUUCUAUAGAUCAUGCCCAUUUUGUAUGUUAAAACUGGCACUGUAGAUCAAGUUCAUCACCAGUGAGUAUAUAUAUAUAUAUAUAUAUAUAUAUAUAUAUAUAUAUAUAUAUAUAUGAGAAUAACCCAUAAACCCUUUGUGUGUUAUCUGGACUGUCUUCAAACAAAUAGAUUAACAGCCAUCGUGCAUUUUAAAUAUCAGAUCUUUAAGCAAGGAAUCUGACUAUGUCCGUACAAAAGCUAUGUAUCAUUAUUUUUUUUACUUUAAAUUCUUGUUUUCAAUAUGAAAAUAUUAGAUGUGCUUCCAAGAGAAAAGUUAAGAUUGUGGAAUAUACAAUGGCACUGUCCUGUACUAUACAGGUUACUGUUUAUAGAGAGGAAAAUAAAAUUAUGUUUAUAUAUAUAAUGCAUUUUUUCAAGACAUCUUUCAUUCAUAUGAAAUUUUAAAGAACAGUGAUAUUCAAGCUGAAUGAGUCCAUUAUAUUCACUUCCAACUUGUGUUCUUUCUAUAGGAAUAUCUUGUAAUUUCCUAGAUUCCAUCAGAGUACGUCUUAUUAAAUUGUGAAUCACCUUUUUCAUCAUACUCACUCUUCAUAAUUGACUUACAUUAAAUUUCAUAUUCAAAAUUACUGAUAUUUAGAUAUGUACUAAGAAUCAGUCUAAUACAAUCUGGAAUAUAAAUGCAUAUAGUUUAGUUACUAAUUAUCUCAAGACUAUAUAGACUUGCAUACUUGAAAUAUAAAGGAACACAUACAUAACAGAAAUAAUUAGAAGAAAAUAUAUAUAAUGUAACUGUCAAUACAAACACAUGCCUGUGUGUGUUCAUACUCCCCCUCCCCACCCCAAACACAGGCAUGCAUACACACAUCAUAAAUAAUAAUGAUAAUAAUAAAGCUCACUUAGUCAACUUUCAUUCAUCAAGUGCAGAUAAAAAAAACUAAAUACAAAAUAUCUUAAUUUAAUUCACAGGGAAAGAUCAUACUUUUUCUUACAUGAAAGACAAAUUUGGAAAAAGGGUUAACAGACAAUUUUCUGGAUUUUAUAUCAAUACAAAUAACUUCAGACUUUCACCUUUCUUCUUGUGCAAAGCAGUCAGUCACUUUUGGGUGUUGUUUGUAUAUUGUUAAUCACUGGAUUCUGUCUUUGUUAUAUUUACCUUUGGCUUCUAAUCAAGACCUCAAUGAAUUGAUACAUGUUACUGAGAGAGAGAGAGAGAGAGAGAGAGAGAGAGAGAGAGAGAGAGA